AUGGACUGUAUACCCGAUGAAAGCCAGUGGUGGACGGCACCUGAGCUUGAGCCCGAUCGCACCUGGAAAGAACCCGAGGUCCUUAUCAUGUGCACAUCCAUCUUCCCCGAAGUUUCCUCCUCAGCCAGCGCUUAUGAUGUAGCCAACCGCAGGUGGUAUGAGCUCAACAUAGACACGGUUGUGCGAGGUGAAGAAGACUGGAUGUCUGAUGUGAUUACCAAGCACAUCAAGGCAUAUCAUUCCAAGCAUGGGACACUCCCUGACUUCAAUGUGAUCAACACCACACGUGAAGAAUCUACGAUGACCUUUGAAAAGAAGCCAAACAGAGUGGUUGCCAGGCCAAUCAAAGGCAACUUUUGCUAUUCGAGGGGCGAGUCAGACAUUUUGCCCACCACCACGUUCGACCAAAUCAAGAAUAAAGUGCACCUGAGCUGCUCAGCUGAUCGUUGCACUUGGCAGGGACAUGACUGUGUAUUUAAACGCGUUGAGUUUCAGGAAGACUUGGAAGUGAUGGAACGCGAAAUCAGACAAAGAGAGAAGCUCCUUAGGGCACUUGACGAGGAUCCCAAGACAGGCUUCACGACCAUCCAGAGCCGUUUUCACGUCUUGCCUAUCCUUGCUGUCGUGCUCAAGUCUUCAGACACCGAUGAAGUUUUGGGAGUACUGAUGCCGUAUGGAGGGCGGAGUUUGGAAGAUCUUGCCGGUGGAUAUCAGUAUGGCAUGGGGUACCGCGGCGAUUACGAAGACGAGGAGGGAGAGACUGACGGCGACGUUCAGAAGACCGGCGACGAAGCCAAGAAAACUGAUGGUGAAGCUGAGGAGACUGACGAAUUCGCCUUAGAACCAGCCUCAAUUCCACGGCUGCAUAUCACAGAGACCCAAAUCCAAGCUUUGGUGGUAGCUUUGUGGGAGCUUGCACGCGCCGGGGUCGUUCAUGGUGACAUUACGGAUAGGAACACUCUCUGUAUGGGAGAUGGGCAGCUGGUUUUCAUUGACUUGGGCGAUGUGGCCCCGGAUUACCAAGGUGAUUCGCAUGCUAUGGGUCUUAUGAUAAGAUGGGUGCUUGAGCGGGUGUAUUGGAGUGCACCAACCACGGAACGGGUCCGUAAGGUUGCCCGUUGUCUUGAGAGCAUCACAGAUCAAACGUAG